AUGGAACGACAGACCAAACUCGCUCAUCUCAAGCUCGUAUCAAAGUAUUACGGCUACGCAAAUUUCUCAUAUCCCCGACCAGACGGCACUCCAAGUCGCAACCCCUACCGAAGAGCCGGACAGACGUACUCCUCGGAGGAUCUCAGCCAGGAAGAGUACGACGAACCGUCCUGUCCCCAAACACCAACCCGUCGAGACCGCUCAUCUAUCGGCUCGCAAAGCUCAGACGGGUCCUCUGCACCCAGCCUCAUUGACGACCGGACCGAUUCGGAAGUCUCACUCGACGACGACUACCAGUACCACGCCUCCGCAUCACAACUGUGGGACUCGUUCUGGCCUGCUGAGGAAGACCCAAGUCGGAAAACACCAGAGACGUCUAAGACGCAGUAUCCUGCUUUGAUUCCUUCACCGCAUAUCCGCCGAGCAAAGAAGACUGGCUGCAUUAACUACGAAGACUACCCGUUACCUCCCCGGCCUGUUGAAUACAACAUCAAAGUCAACAACCCAGCCACUCCUAAAGAUAACCUCAUGAAGUCACCCCAGCCACGUCCAACAAUGUCAUCACCUCGAGCGCAUGAUGUCUCUCUUGCAUCACCCUACUCUCCUCCGGAACCACGCCGCACAAUUCGCGCCGUGCGCUCCUCAUACAGCCUCUUUCCACGCACUCAACCACCACCAUCCUAUCCUCCUCCUCCCCCACCUCGCCUUGCACAACCGCCAAGCCUUUCGAACCUUCGUAAAGGCACACGACCACCUCCAAUCCAUCUGCACUCGCUGCCAGCACCUACUGUGGCACCAAUGCACUCCCCAGCAACAGCAUCUCUUUACUCGCCUCUCUACUCGCCCCUCUACUCCCCUGUGCCGUCAUUUACCCGCCCUCACACAUCCCACGGAACAUAUCCCGCGGAUGCCAUGUCCCCAACAGACUUGUCACAUCCGCGCUCUGCUCCUCUUCCUCCGCCAAUCCAAGUUCAUAGCACCACUUCAGCACCCAAGAGCUUCUUCGACUUCGACUCGGACUCUGAUUCAGAUGAUCCGGAGCCGGAGCACACGAUCUCCCGAUUCGUGAAGACGCUCCACAAGCGGACGGCCAGUGAGGCGAGGCGAAGCACCAAAGGCGCUGCUUCCGCGGAUGCCCAGCUGCGCCGUGCCCGCGCAGACACGGCGGAGACAAUCCGAGAACCCGAGGGACAGCAGCUCUUCAUCGAGAGGCAUAAGAAGGGCUUCGGCCGCAUGUUUCGGGGCAGAUCUCACGGAAACUGA